GUUGUUCAACAAGAACCCCCUCGAUUACCGCCGGACUCCCGAUAUUCAGACGAAUUACGUACAUUCACCUCCAUGUGUCUUGUGAAGGAUGAACAGAAGCGAGCGAACUACGUGCAGCUCAUGAAGACUGAUUUCCUUCAGCGAGUCGAUCUGGAAGCGGGUCGCCAAGAGUUAGUAUCUUUUCUCAAAGAUUAUCUCGACCCUGUACCUUGA